AUGGGGUUAAUUCACGUGUGUCUGUUGAAUGGAUCACAAGUGUCACUGGUUUUAAUUGAUCGUAGUUGCGGGUAUUUGAGGCUUGUCGACACAGUUAUGAAAGAGUUUAGCUUUGACCCUGCAAAAGUUGCUGUGACAAUGAAGUAUGUCUUGAACAGUGAUCUGCCUCCAGUAGCAAUCAAAGGUGAUGAAAACGUCUUGUCUUACAUGGUUUUAAAGGAUAUGAGUCGUGACCCUGCGAAAUAUCCAAUUCACAUCGAGGUGACAACUGCGGAUAUCGAAAAACAGCCUAUUGCGCUAUCAGUUGAUGUUCAAUCGAACGAGCACGGGUUUUCAUUAACAGAUAUGUCAUCAGACAUAUGUGGAGCAAUAAUGGAUCCAUCUAGUGACAAUCUUGAGCAUGAGGUCACAGUUGUGGCGGUGGCAGAUGCUAGGGAGGUAGAGGAAGGAAGAGUCUUCCGUAACAAGGAGAUAAUGAAAUUGAGCUUGUCGUUUUAUGUAAUCCAGAACAUGUUUGAGUACGUGGUUGUUCGGUCCGAUAAGAAAGACUAUCUUGUAAAAUGUUCAUGUGAUGAGUGUAAUUGGAUAUGUAGAGCAUCAAAGCUAGCCAAAACAGAUAUGUUUAAAAUCAGACACAUUGCAGAAGGUCACAUAUGUGCUUCAAACAUCGUACUUAGUACUCAUAGGCAAGUAACAAAGACGGUUGUAUCAACUUGCAUUAAGUAUAAGUACACAUCAUCGCGCACAAUAUACACACCGAAUGAUAUAUGCAACGACAUGCUGCAUACAUAUGGAGUAUCUUUGAAUUAUGUCCAAGCUUGGCGAUCUCGAGAGGAAACUCUGAAAGUGCUUAGGGGUGAUCCAACUGAUUCAUUCAAUAAGAUACCAGCAUUUUUUUCUGUGCUACAACAAACAAAUCCUGGAUCAGUGACAUGUCUAGAAAUUGAUGGUCACAAUAGGUUUAAAUAUUGUUUCAUGGCACUAGGUACAUCUAUACGGGGAUGGAAAUAUUGUAAGCCAGUUGUUGUGGUUGAUGGCACCUAUCUAAAUGGACACUAUGGUGGCACCUUAUUCACGGCAUGUACACAAGAUGCAAAUAACAGCAUUUAUGUACUUGCUUUCGGGAUUGGGGAUAACGAGAAUGACAGCUCCUGGACAUGGUUUUUUAGACAGUUGAGAAAAGCAUAUGGGGAUAGAGACAGUUUGUGCUUCGUGUCGGAUCGUCACAACAGCAUCAAAAAGGCGAUUGAAAACGUGUAUCCGGGAGCAUGUCACGGGAUAUGUUCUUACCAUCUACUACAAAAUCUAAAAUCACGGUACAGGAGAUCAGGACAAAACAUAACACAAGCAUUCAAUGCAGCUGUUCGUGCCUACACACUAUUGGAAUAUGAAUAUUACAUGCAACAACUCGGCUCAAUUAAUCAGAAGAUAAGGGGUUAUCUGGACGAAGUUGGACCUGAGAGAUGGUCACGUGUCCACAUGCCUUCAAACCGGUAUUCUACAAUGACAUCGAAUAUUAUGGAGUCGGUUAAUGCGGUCACAAAGUCUGCCAAGAACUACCCUAUUCUAGCUUUGUUGGAGUCAUUGAGACAAAUUCUACAAUCUUGGUUCUGUAGGCACAAGGAGGAUGCCCAAGGCACUUUUACAACCUUGUCAAUCAAGUAUGAGAAGAAGAUGAGGGAAAUGAGUACAGAUAUGAGAAACUUGAGGGUUUCACCCAUUAAUCAGGCAAUGUUCUCAGUUAGCGGUGAAAGUUCCUCCUUCGUUGUUGAUAUAGAAAACCGGACAUGCACAUGUAGGAUGCUUCAAGUUGAUCAACUACCUUGUCCACAUGCUUUGGCUGUGUUUGCGAGUAUGAAGAUGGAUCCAUAUGAAUACUUCUCCUACUACUACACAAGUGAAGCGUUCAGAAAUACAUACCAAGAAACCAUUUUUCCGGUAGGAAAUCCAGCUGAAUGGACAGUGCCAAAUGAUGUCCAUGACAUAGUUGUAAUUGCACCUAAUCAAAAGCGAAGUUGUGGAAGGCCUACUGAGAAGAGAUUCAGAGCAGCGUACGAGGAAAACAUAACCAUCAAAUGUGGUCGGUGUGGUGAAAGUGGUCACAAUCGUAGAACAUGCAGCAACUUAGUUCCGUUGAGUCAAAGCAACAAGAAUAAAGAGAGGAAGAGGAUGAAGACUGGAAAUGCACAUUGA